CUUCAGUCCCGGAGUCACGGGCUCCGCCCCUCGCCCCCGCUCCGCCCUGCACUGGCUCCACGUGGUUUUCACCACUCGCACCGAGGACCUGGUGGUCCCAAGGGAUCUCCAGGUUGGGGUGGUGCGGUAGAAAGAACCGCAAGCAGCCAGGAGGGUCGGUCUGUGACUUCUCCCCGAAACGUGCAAGGAGCGCGCUCUGCGGGGAAAACAGGACUCCACCGGCUUCCGACGACAAGCUUGCGACGGAGAGUCGGAGUCCCGAACGACAGGUGAGGACGAGCGAGCGGACCAAAGGGAAGGACAGUCCGGGGUCACCAACCAGACCGCCAUGGCCGCGCCCGCCCGCCGACUGUGCCAUGUCGCCUUCCACGUGCCCACAGGGCAGCCUCUGGCCAGGGAUCUGCAGCGCCUCUUCGGCUUCCAGCCCUGGGCGGCGCGGGAGGCCGGCGGCUGGCGGCAGCUGGCCCUGCGCAGCGGCGACGCGGUCUUUUUGGUGAAUGAGGGCGCGGGGCCCCGGGAGCCGCUCUACGGCCUGGACCCGCGUCACGCGGUGCCCAGCGCCACCAACCUGUGCUUUGAUGUGGCGGACGCGGGUGCGGCCGCCCGGGCGCUGGCGGCAAAGGGCAGCUGCGUGCUGGUGCCUCCUGUUCGUGUGCAGGAUGCACUGGGUGCUGCCACCUACACCGUGGUCAGCUCGCCGGCAGGCAACCUUAGCCUGACGCUGCUGGAGCGCACCGGCUACCGCGGACCCUUCCUGCCCGGUUUCCGCCCUCUGUCCUCCAAAACCGGCCCCGGAUGGUUCAGCCACGUGGACCACCUGACCCUGGCCUGCACCCGCGGCAGCUCCCCUACACUGAUGCGCUGGUUCCACGACUGUCUAGGCUUUCACCACCUGCCACUGAGCCCAGGUGAGGAUCCGGAGCUGGGCUUCGAGGUGACAGCGGGGUCUGGACAAGGAGGGCUGAGGCUCACUGCCCUGCAGACCCGGCCAUGCAGUGCUGUCCCCACCCUUGUGCUGGCUGAGUCCCUCCCGGGGGCCGCCAGUGGACCGGACCAGGUGCAGCAGUUCCUGGCCCGGCACAGAGGACCCGGCCUGCAGCACGUGGGACUGUACACACCGAACAUCACAGAAGCCACUGAAGGGGUGACUUUGGCGGGGGGCCGGCUCCUGAUUCCCCCAAAGGCCUACUACCAGCAGCCGGGCAAGGAACGUCAGAUCCGAGCUGCAGGUCAUGAGCCCAACCAGCUGGCCCUGCAGGGAAUUCUGCUAGAUGGCGAGAAAGGCAAGUUUUUGCUUCAGGUCUUCACCAAGUCGCUCUUUGCAGAGGACACCUUCUUUCUGGAGCUGAUUCAGAGGCAGGGGGCCACAGGCUUUGGCCAGGGCAACAUCCGGGCCUUGUGGCAGUCCGUGGAGGAGCAAGCUGCCAGGGGUCAGGAAGCCUGAGGAGGCCAGAGCUGGCAGCCACCUGUCCUGGAGGUCUGGGGAGUUCAGCCCAGGGCCUGGUGGAAUAAGGCUUCGUCCCUAGGGGCCAGGUGUGGCCCCCAUUUCAUCAGUACCUGCCAGAAGUUGAAUCUCUCACUGGGGUCCAAAGAAGUUUGUUUUUAACUAUAAAACACUUUUUACAGUCUAUAUCUAAAUAAAGAAUAAAGGAGUAUAACUCCUUUAGGAAAUGGAACACAA